UUCUUUUUAUCCUUAUUUAUCAAUCAGUGAAUAAUCAGCCGCUGCUGCCUGUGGUUAUUACGUUAAAUUAUUAUCUCUAAUAAUCUAAUUAGUAAUUAUCUUUGGCUUUAGGCCCUCUGCGAUAGUAAUUCGUCGACGUGAGUCGUAUUUUUUUUUUUUAAACAUUCCGAUUUCCCAUGUUACGUGAUUUACGUAACAGGUAUCGCACUAAUCACACCGAAAUAUCUCAUCAUUAGUAAUUACUACUUAUCUGUCGGAAUUUUAGUACUUAGAGAUCGGUUUACGAGUUUUUGUUUUUUUCUCGAAUUUAAUUUGAAUAGAAAAUGCAUUCACAACAGUUAUUGACCCACGUUUUGUUUUUCGUCAUUUGCGCCACAGCAGUAGUCUGUCUGAAGAAAGAUGGGUUCUAUUGUCAGUUGUCUCCUCCAUGUACAUGUAUUACGAUCAACGACGACAGAAAUAUAAAUUUAGAUGGAAUAAAUUUGACACUGAAUAUCACGAAUGACCAGACGUUGAAUUAUCAACCUUGUCUCAAUAAUGGUAGUGGAAUUAUUAUUGAAUCAGUAAAUGAGACGUCCAAUUCUACAACACAACUUGCUAAUUUUAAUAUUGUUACCGUUAAGCUAAGCAAUAUGGUAACGUUUGUCUAUACAAAUAAUGACCAUGAGUUUGAUGUAAUUUUGGUAUGUGAUCCAUUGGCAGUCAGUGGAAAUGAAUCUCUAAUAAAUUUCCAGAAUGUCACAGAUAACCAAUGUACAAUUGAACUUAAAACCAGUCAAGUAUGUGGAUUAAAUUUAAGUGACGCGUAUGAUAAUAGCACGGAGUCAGGAUCUUGGACCUAUUUUUUUUCAUUUGUCUUGGUUGUGGCAUUUGUUUACUUUGUUGGUGGUUCUGUAGUAAAUGCCUGUUUAUUUAAUGAGAUUGGUAUUAAUAUGAUUCCUCACCAUACAUUUUGGUCUUCGCUGUACGAUAAAAUUAAGGAUAAACUAUGUGGCACAUCAACAAUGGCAUCAGCCUAUGAAAGUAUAUAAAAUAUUUUUUCUAAACAAAAAUAAGAUGCUCAUGCAUAUUGUAUGGUACCUAUUAAUAUUAAUUGCUAGGCAUGUUAUUACUGAAUUUAAAAUAUAAUAUUUAUUUUGUACUUUAUUUUUCUUAUUUACAAAAGAAACACUUGUAUUCAAUAACUUAAUUGUUUUAUGUAUUUUUUUUAUUAAAAUUUAAAAUUUACUUUAUUGCAAGUAAUAUUUUAAAUCUGUUAUUAAUAAAAAUUAAAUUGUAAUCAGGGUUUUAUUAUAUGUAUUAAUGUGAUUUUAAAAUAUUUUGAAUAGUCAUUAAUUUUAUACAAAUUUAUGUAAAAGUUAAUAUUGUAAAAAUGUAUUAUUACAAAAAAAAAAAUACAAGGAUUUAAAAUAAUUUUACUAUUUAAAAAUACUUUUAAAUACAUUUUUCACCAUGAUUAUUGGAUUUUCAAACAUAUAAUGCUAAAGAAUAAAUAAAAAGUAGAUUUACUUUUAUAAUUUAAAAUAAUUUAAUUAUUUUCUCCAGUAAAAAAAAUACUAGAUAAAUAAUAUUUAUCAUAAGAUAAUUUUGUUUUUAAUACCAGUGCAUAUUUAAAUUUAAUUACCGGUUUAACAUAUCUUAUGAAAUUUAUUUUUAUUUUUAGUAUUCACUAUUUUAAAAAUCCAAUUGGGAGCAAUUAUUAUUUUUUUUUUAUCCAUAUUAUUAAAUUAUUGAUUUGUAUAAAACAAUGUAGUCCAUAUUAUUUGCUAGUCCAUUUAUGUAUAUUAGAUUUUUUUUUUUUAGUAUUUUAAAAUUGCAUUAUAAUAACAUUUACUGGUACUUAUUAAUUUACCACAGUAUGUAUAUAACAUAAAAUAUAUUUUGUUAAGUAUAUUUUUUGAGUUACCAGUUUUCUAAAAAUACCUUAAUGUUGAUAGAUUUUAAAUAUUAUGAUUUGUUUUGUUUUGUAUGACUUAAAAUUAGAUAUUUCAUUAUUGUGUGUAUAGCUAAUCAAAAAUUGUAUUAUAAUUAUAUAAAGUUUUUUUUUAUUAGAAAAAUUCAAUAUCCUCUUAUUAUUUAAAUUAUUAGUACCUUUAUUCUAUUCCAUAAGAGCACUAACUGAUCUGAAAGCAGGUAUGAUUUCUUUAUUGAAAUUUAAAAAAAAUACCUGUACCAAGUACUGUUUUUAUAUGCCAUAUGGAAUGGAUUAUUGUGUUUUUUUUUUAAAUUUGUAUACCAUAUUAUAAAAUGUAAAAAUAGUUAUUUUUGAAUUCAUGCUAAAAAGUAAUAUGUAUUUAAAAAUUAAAUAUAUUUUUUCAUACUGCCAACAAA